AUGAAGCCCACUUUCACUGGAGGUUCUCUCUGCUUCAAAGGCGAUACGAAAGCCAAGAAAAAGAAAAGAAAAUCCAAGCACGACUUUCAAGAGGAAAAAAACGCUAAAUCUCAAACUGAAGCUGCUGGUGACGAAGAAUUAACAAAUGCCGAAAAGAAGGCUGAGGAAAAGCGGAUAGAACGCGAGCGUCAGGAUCUAAAAAACAUUGCCAAAAAAAGUCAUCGAGAGCGUGUUGAAGAGUUUAAUGAAAGGUUAGGAAGCCAAACAGAGCACAACGAUAUUCCAAGAGUGAGCGCAGCAGGGAACGGCUGAAACUCAUCAAUAAGACUUAUUUUUCCAGUUCUCCUAUCUCUGUCAAACGUUCUUUUAUCGGAUUUUAAAAAUUAUUUAGCUUUAAAAGUAAGGGCAUUUUCCCUUCACUCUUC